UAUCUAACAUUUAACCCCUCAAUAUAUUUCUAAAUUUAAGAGCAAAUUCCAGAAUUUACAAUAUUAGAGAUUAUCCUCCAAAAUGUUACUCCAACUUUGCCACUUUCAUGCAGGAAAAAAAAUUAUAGAUUACUAUUAUUAGAGAUGAAUGACAGCAAGACUUGAACUCCUAAUCCUAUUGAAGGUGGACACAGAAGCCAUUCACGCCAGUAGGUGUCUAAGCCUAAAAGCAGGCGGAAUUAAAAGGAUAAAGCAACAGAAAAUUUAAUGAAAAUCAAUUUUGCAAGUUGUAAGGAUCCAGGUAAUUGAACGAGUAUAAGUGCACACAUAAUUGAGUUUUGCAGCAGCAUCACAGUCACAAUGGACUGCCCGGAGAAUUUGGAAUCGGAGUUAAAAGAGUUAAGAGACACGUUCAAUUCUGGGAUAACAAAACAAGAGUCUUGGAGGAGGUCUCAGCUCAAAGCUCUCCUCUCUUUGCUCGAGGAAAAAGAGGAUGACAUAGCAAAGGCCCUUGAACAAGAUUUAGGAAAACAUCCAGUCGAAUCUUUUCGAGACGAGGUAGGACCUUUAAUAAAAUCUGUAAACUAUGCAUUAAAAGGGUUAAAGCGAUGGAUGUCGAGCAAAAAGGUUGAUUUGCCUAUCGCUGCAUUUCCUUCGAGAUCAGAGUUAGUUCCCGAGCCCCUUGGCGUCAUCCUUGUCAUAUCAUGUUGGAAUUUUCCUUUUGGAAUAUCAUUGGAACCACUGAUAGGAGCAAUUGCAGCAGGAAAUACAGUGGUUCUAAAGCCUUCAGAGAUAGCUCCAGCAUCUUCUUCGGUUUUGGCCAAAACAAUCCACAGUUACCUCGAUAAUAAAGCAAUUAAAGUCAUUCAAGGUGGUCCCUCAAUUUGUGAGAAAUUAUUACAACAGAAAUGGGACAAGAUUUUUUUCACAGGGAGUGCAAAAGUGGCUCGUAUUGUUAUGACUGCUGCUGCUAUAAAUCUAACUCCUGUCGCCGUGGAAUUGGGUGGAAAAUGCCCUGCCAUUGUUGAUUCCCUCUCGAGUUCUUGGGAUAAAGAGAUUGCAAUGAAAAGAAUCCUUGCUGCAAAAUUUGGGACCUGUGCUGGCCAAGCAUGCAUAGCCAUUGAUUAUAUCCUUGUGGAAAGGAAAUUCUCAGCCACCCUGGUAAAUCUACUAAAGGGCUCCAUCCUUCGAAUGUUUGGGGAAAACCCGAAAGAGUUAAAUAGUGUAGGGAGAAUAAUCAACAAAAAUCAUUGUUCAAGACUAAGGAAACUCUUAGACGAGACGGGGGUUAAAGCUUCUAUUGUUCAUGGUGGUUCAUACGAUGAAGACUCUCUGUUUAUGGAGCCAACUCUCUUGGUUGAUCCUCCUCUUAAUGCUGGAAUCAUGACAGAAGAAAUCUUUGGUCCAUUGCUCCCCAUAAUUACUGUGGAGAAAAUAGAAGAUGGUAUUGAAUUCAUCAAGUCUAGGCCAAAAUCAUUAGCUAUUUAUGCCUUUACCAACAAUGAAACUUUAAAGAAAAAGUUAGUAUCUGAAACAUCAUCGGGAAGCGUGACUUUCAAUGACGCAAUCAUCCAAUAUGUAGCAGAUACUAUUCCAUUUGGGGGAGUGGGUGAAUCUGGAUUUGGAAGGUACCAUGGGAAGUUCUCAUUUGAUGCGUUUACUCAUGAGAAACCAGUAGUAUUAAGAAGUUUCCUUACAGAUUUUUGGUUCAGAUAUCCUCCAUGGAAUGGUACAAAGUUGCAGAUUUUUAAAUCUGCAUAUCGAUUUAAUUAUUUUGAAAUUAUUCUCAUAUUAUUGGGCUUGAAAAGAUCAUGAGAAUUUCAAAUUCUAUGGUUUGCAGAAAUAAGGCUAGUAGGACUUGUACUCUUAUCAUUUUUAUUGUAUUCUAUCAAGAAAUGGUGUCAAAUAUUGAUGAAAAUUAUGUUUUGUCAAUGAAUGUAUACUCUAAUUUAAUUUUUA